AUGACAAAUUCAGUCGAUUUCCAGGCUGUACAGACGCUCUUCUUCAAUUUCUAUAGCAUGUAUGGAAUAUACGGGCUCUUUCUCCCCGCGAUUUCUCUGUAUAGCGUGUCCCUUGUUAUCUAUCGCCUGUACCUGCACCCGUUAGCUCGAAUCCCCGGGCCCAAGAUUGCUGCUGCAACCGGCUGGUAUGAGUUCUACCACGAUGUCAUCAGAGGUGGAAUGUAUAUUCAUGAGGUUCAGAAAAUGCACAGAGAAUACGGUCCUAUCAUCCGCAUCAAUCCCUAUGAGAUUGUUAUCAAGGACCCGGACUACUAUAACACCGUCUAUGUCGCCUCGAACACACGCCGUUCGGAGAAGUGGUAUACCCUACAAGGGACAGGACUUGACGGCAAGGAACUCUUCUUCAUCCACGAUUAG